CUCAAUCGAUACGGAGGAAACUACCAAAAAAUGAAAGCUUUCUCUCUGUUAUCUAUUUGUGUGGUCAUCGUUUUGGCAAACAGUCACAUUGAUGCUUUCACAAGAAACGAUUUUCCUGAGGACUUCCUCUUCGGAGCUGGCACUUCUGCUUAUCAGUGGGAAGGAGCUGUUGAUGAAGAUGGAAGGACUCCUAGCGUUUGGGAUGGUUUCUCACCCUUUGAUAACAUGGACAAUGGAGAUAUAGCUUGUGAUGGAUAUCACAAAUACAAGAAAGAUGUUAAGCUGAUGGCAGAAAUGGGUUUAGAAGCAUUCAGAUUCUCUAUCUCAUGGUCAAGGCUUAUACCUAAUGGAAGAGGACCCAUCAACCCAAAAGGUCUACAGUUUUACAAGAACCUCAUCAAAGAACUACUAACCCAUGGAAUCGAACCACACCUUACGCUAUACCACUAUGAUCUUCCUCAGGCUCUUGAAGAUGAGUAUGGAGGAUGGAUCAACCACAAAAUCAUAGAGGACUUCACUGCUUUUGCAGAUGUAUGCUUCAGAGAGUUUGGGGAUGAUGUAAAGCUAUGGACUACAAUUAACGAAGCUAACAUAUUCGCUAUUGGAGCGUACAGCGAAGGAAUUUUGCCGCCAGGACAUUGCUCUACUUCCAGUUCCAGAUACGUCAAGUGCUCCACUGGAAACUCUUCUACUGAACCAUAUAUUGUAGGUCAUAACAUAUUGCUGGCUCAUGCCUCUGCUUCAAACUUGUAUAGACUCAAGUACAAGAGUAAGCAGAGAGGAUCCAUAGGCCUUUGCAUAUACACAUAUGGGUUAUUUCCUUAUACUAACUCCAAGGAGGAUGAAGUAGCAACUCAGAGAGCUAAAGAUUUCUACUUUGGAUGGUUGUUAAAACCUUUGGUGUUUGGGGACUAUCCGGAUGUAAUGAAAAGAGUUGUGGGAACUAGGUUACCUGUUUUCUCAGAGGAAGAGUCAGAGCAAGUUAGAGGAUCAUCUGACUUUAUAGGAGUCAUCCAUUACACGACACUGUAUGUCACAGAGAGUAAACCAUCACCUUCUAUCCUUCCUAGCAACCAAGAUUUUUCUACAGACAUGGGAGUAGAGACUAUCUCCAUUGGGAACACUGUUCCAUGGGGUUUUGAAGGUGUCUUGGAGUAUUUGAAACAGAGCUUUAACAACCCUCCUAUCUACAUUCUUGAAAAUGGUUUUGCGACGAAACACGAUUCAACACUACAAGAUACAGCAAGAGUUGAAUACAUUCAAUCUUACAUUGGUGCUAUGUUGAACGCCAUCAGGAAUGGAUCGGACACGAGAGGUUACUUUUAUUGGUCGAUGAUAGACUUGUACGAGCUAUUGGCUGGAUACAGGGUCAGCUUUGGACUGUACUAUGUGAAUUUCAGUGAUGAUGGUCUCAAGAGGUCUCCAAAACUCUCUGCUUCUUGGUACACUGGUUUUCUCAAUGGUACGGUUGAUGUUUCUCCUCUGGACAUUACUCAGCAGCAGAGCCACUUCUCUGGUUCGUCUUCUUUGUGAUGUAUCUAAGAUUUACUUGUUUUGGUUUUGAUCCUCAUUUGGUUUGAGAGUUCGUCUUGUCAAUGACAAAACUCAAGUCAUUUUCCAAAUGGUUUAAUAGAAAGGUCGCAUAAUUCUUGGAAGAUAGCAUA